AUGCAGGCUCUCGUCAAGGAAGCGAUAACCAUUAAAAUUGUCAAGUAUGAGAGCCCAAUCAUCCUUGCUAUCUCAGAUGCAAGCGCAGAGAAGCCUGAACAUGUCGGUCCUAGGAUCCUCACCGCCGGGAAUUCCAAGCAAGUCUACGAUGUCUUGGCAGCCCUCCUGAAGACGAGCCCAAUCAUGCACCAAUGGCUCACUCGACCAUUUACAUUGUCGAUGUAG